AACACAACACCACGAACACCCCUCUUGCUUCUUCUUCUCCUUCAGCACCAGAAAACGGCGCUCCUCGGCUCUUCAAUCUCCCCGCUCUCCAAAACGCUCAACGCCACCGUUUUCAGCCGUCACAGCUCUCCUCUUCUCUCUAUAUCAUUUUUGCAAUUUAAAUCAUGACUUUACUGGAACUCAUUAAGGAUGCUUCUGUGAAUUCUAAAUCACUUGAUUUGCAUUCGGACUAUCCAGUCGUUCUCAAUCCAGAUCUUAUUUUGCCUAAUUUGAAGUCUGAACUUAAAGAUGAAUCUUCCUCAUACCCUAUUAAACCCCUUACUGGAUGGCAAAUUUCACAAACUGAUACGGAAAUCAUUGAGAUCAACAAAAAGUUUCUCGAAGAGCUUAAAAGAAAGGUCAAGGGUACCAAUAAUUUGAAGAAGGAUGAGUUUAUUGGUAGUUUGAUUUCCUAUCUUGAAAACAUUAGGGAGAAAGUUGGGUUUUCGAUUGAGACUGGUGAUUCAUCUGGUAGUGCUUAUUGCAAGAUCUUGAUUGACAAACUUGGAUCUUUCGUGGGUAAAGAUGUUGCUGGCCUGAUUUUGGAUGGGUGUGUUUCUUUGGAGAUAUGGGAAUUAGUUGAAGCUUUGAUUGUUAAAGGUGUUAUUGUGAAUUCUUGUUAUUCAAACCUGGUUGCUAAGUUAGUCGAGAAAAAGAGGUCUGACUUGAUCUGUUUGUGUUGUAAGCAUGCUUUUGAUCUUGGUUCUUCAGAAAUAUUCGCCAUUUUGAGAUACUUUCUUUCUCCAUCCAAAGAUGCUUAUAACUCUACGCUAUCUGUAAAGAAGGAGUGGGAGAGCCAAGCAACGUUGGCCGUUGAGAAAGCAAGUGAUAGCAACCUCAAGGUAAAGAAUUUGCUUGUUGCAAAGGAGGCUUCCAUUUUGUUUAUGAUAGCAUAUGAUGGUUUCUCUGCGCCUGAACUUUGUUUGCAUUAUUUGAUUGCAUCACCAAACAUCAACAAUGCGAUGUUAUCCCCUGCAUUCAAUAAGUUGAAUGGAAAAGAGUUGUUGAAUUUGAUUCGCUAUUUAGGAAAGUGGUUGAAGAAAUAUGAGAGAUUUCCGCAAGCUGGUCCAUGUCCGAAAGCCUCAUCGGCUUUAGGUUUGAAGGCUUGCGAUUGGAUUCCUAAACUUGAUGAUGUUGUAAAAUGUCUUGGUUUGGUGCUUGAUGAGAAUUUUUCUUCAUUGGUGUUACAUCCACAGUUUCAUGAAGAGCUGAGAUCAAUUGAAGGACUAGUUAGUUGUUUAACAGCUGAAGCCAAAACUUGUUACAUGAUGACUGUUGUAACCGACAAACUAAAGAUCGAAGUAACAAGAGGCGGGGACAAAUUGAUCUGAACAUUCGCUCAGUGUAUGACUAAUUAUUCUAUGAAGACUGCAAAUUAAAGGAAGAGAUUUGUGUUGUGGUGAGUAAGCUAGCUAGUUCUUUAAUUCAUUUAGCUUGGAAGUUUAUUGUGUACUUCAAUCGACACCCGCAGGUAAACUUGGCAUUUUCCGUAAUGGGAGAGUUCAAUCAUGUGUAAUAGGAAAAAAAAUUGUGAUGAUCCGGUAGUGGUUAAAACUCGAGCAGGCCCAGGCUAACAGGCUGAACUGCAUCUGUAACCGUUCCUGUUGCAAUUUUGUUCACUGUGGCAAAACUGUAUUCAUAACUUGUUUUUGUUAGUUUCACUUUUUGGUAGCUUAAUUUUUGGUUGAUUUUUACUUGGGUUUGUGUUUCUCUGUCUGAUUCCUUUGGGCAAUAUAAGGCAUGGGUUAAUGAUGAUGA